UAAUUGAUAAAUAUUUCUCAGUUAUUUGUAGCGAGUGCCGGAUACCACUGGUGUCAAUUUGUAGUGUCUAUCGAUUUAUGAGUCCUGACUGUAUUAACUUCGCAUACAUAAUUCGAGAUGGAACAAGCGAUCACAGUGAUACUAACAACACUAUUUUACACGCAAACAAAUGCGUUGGUUACAAGGGAAACACUAUUGAAAAGUGGGAAACUUCAGUUUGAAUGCACCGAGCUGUUAGUUCUCAACGGAGUAUACGCUUUCAAAGAAAAAAAUGCAAUUUUGAAUGGGAUCCCUGCUGAUAUCAGAAUUCAUUGGAAAACUGAUAGUAUAUAUUUCACUCUGGUUAGCAGUGAAAUGAAAAUGAGUCUACAGACAUUAAGAUCCAGCGGUGAUAUUGAGACUAUAAAAGUUGCUGGAUUGGGACAAACCAGUACAGUAGAUAACCUCAAUGACAUUGUAUAUCUUGGCACAGAUAAUGGUGUCUAUAAAUAUAAAGAAGAUGGUUCUGUUGAGCAUUACACAGCUUUGGGUGAAGAUGUAAUGUAUAUUGCUGUAAAUAACGAUGGUAGUGCAAUGUACAUAGCGACCUGGCCACAGAAUCGUGUUUACAAAAUCAACAAUGACUCCCAGAGCUUAGAAAGAUUUAUGUAUAUCACAAAUGGUCACGGUUUGACAAUAGAUACAAGAAAUAAUAUGUUUUUCGUAGACGUUGCAACUGAAACUUUGUAUGUACUGAAGAAUGGUGAACAUGUACCCGCGAAAUUAAAAGGAUUACGAGACGAUAAGAUGAUAAAUGUAUUUGUUAGCAGAUCAGACGUAGUUUACGCAAUGGACGACAAUAGUAACUUAUAUGUAAUUGACAUAGAGAAUGAAGUAGCGAGAUACUUAAGGACUUUUAACAUAAGUGGAGUAAAUACUUUUGGACUGGACUCGUCCGACAACGUUUUUAUUGGAUGCAAGGGAGUCAUCUACAAGUUUUAUAUGUACGAGAAAAACCCGUGCAAUGUCAUUGGCACAACGCAUUCAAGACUUAACCCUGGCCCUAAACACCAAAGACGGCGGCGACAGAAAAAGGAUAGAAAAACCACGACAACGACAACGACAACGACAGAAAUAUAUGAAGACGACGACGAUGAAGACGAUGAUGACGAGGAAGACGAAUAAGUCUGUUAUGUAGGCUCCACACUAUCAGGGAACUCGGACAAUUGCCGAACAUUGCGUAGUGUCUAUGAGUGGUUUUAAUUACCGUAAUGAAAAAUCUGCAAUGUAUGAUCCGCCAAAGUUUAGCGAACUGUUCACGGAUAAUUUGGAGCCGGCGUAAUAAUUAGGAAAUCCGCGCCUAAAGUCUUACAAGACGUGGCGGUACUUUCGCAGACAACCAACAUCGUGAUGAUAGUUCCAGAUAUUUGCCACGGGUGCAGACUCAUGAAGUUUGCAAAAUUACAUACAGAAGAGGUAUAGCAACACCUGUAAAAUGUCUCAGUGAAAUGAAUUUAUUUAACUAUUUAUAAUAUGUAUCAGAAAAGGAUUUUAUGAAUCGAAUUAUUAUUGAGUACGAAACCUUUUGCAAAAGAUAAUGCAAAUAGCGCCAUCUAUGGAGGCUAAUAAAUACUUUUAAGCAAUGCAACUUUUCGACUGUGCUGCCAUCUUGUUAGUAUUAUUUUAAAUUACAGUACUCUAUACAGAUGUCACUAGCUGACAUAUUAUAGCAAUUUUAUAUUUUAUAUUAUAAUAACUUAAAAUAUAAAUAGUAAUAUAAUAAUACUGGUA